AUGGGAAAGUCUGGGUUUCCCUCGGGGCCCUCGCCGGACUCCGCUUGGGCAGCCGCCUCCUCCGCGGCGAUCGCCGCCGCCAACUCCUCAUCCGCAUCCACCUCCCCCAAGGGGGCCGCCGCAGCCUCCGCUGCAGCUGCGGCGCUGGCCUCAGCCGCCGCCGCCGCCGCCGCCGCCGCCACGGCCCGGGCGGCCUCCUCCUCCUCGUCGUCCUCCUCCUCCUCUCUAGCCAGGGCGGCCGCCACCUCCCCCAGGGUGGCCUCCGCCGCUGCCUCCUCGCCCGAGGCCUCCGCCUCCACCUCAGCCUCCACCUCUGCUUCCGCCUCCGCCACGGAGGCCUCCGCCACGGCCUCCGCCACGGUCGCCGCCGCCGCCUCCGGGGCGGAGAGGCGGGGAAGGGCCGGUGGGUGCCGGAACCCGGGCCGGGGGCGUGAGCGCGAGCGGCCGGAGGGGGGCCUGGCUCCGGUCGAACUGGGAGAGCGAGUCACCGGGAUGGCGAGCGCGGCCGGGAGCGCGCCGGUCCGAGUCGCCGCAGCCCGCUGCUGCCGCCGCCGCCGCUCGGUCGUGGGCUAG